ACCUGGUCUUUGUUAUGUCCACAGAUUAAAUGGAUUUGGUUAUGGCUCUCUGUUUUUUCUCGAAAAUCUAAUGUUUUCUUAGGAUUCUUCGAAUUUCUGAGCAAAAAUUUCGAAUGUGAUAAUGCGUUAUAUUAUUAGUAAGUAGAAAGCACUCAUGACGAUGUUCAGAAUAUAUUUUAUUAACAAUUAAAGCAGAAACAAUUAUUUUGAAGAAGAAAUGGAUUGCGUAGAGAUAGUGACACUUGCAUUGAAAGGAAUAUGCGAUAGUUUCCAUGGAUUUUUAUAUGUACCUGUUUUAUUAAUGAACUUUUGUCAAGGUUACUUUGGUUCAAAACUGAAGGAAAGUAAAGAAGACACAAAAAUUGUGGAGGCACUAAAGACAGCUUGUAUAUACAAUUUUAUAUAUUCUGUGAUUAUACUACCAGUCUUAUACAUAUUGUGUCCUUUAUGUAAUAUUAUAUUUUCCAAGACUAUUAGUGAAGAUUUGGUUUUAAGCAUAAACACAUUUUUUUAUAAUAUUGGUCUGAUCUUUCGCAUACUUCCAGUACAAGUUUAUAAAGCUGGACAUUUCUAUUUAUUUCAAGACAUUGCAAAGUUGGUUCAUAUCAAAAAGAAAGGCAAACCUCAGGAAUGGGGAAGUGUACAAGUACGCUUAUCUGAUACAGUUUUCAACCUUGUAGUACAAUUUGUUUAUGGAGGACAGCUGUUGAUAAUUUCAUUCUUACCAAGCAUUUGGUCCUUUUGCUUUCCUAAUACCAAAUUAUAUUUUUUACCUAGCGAAUGGUUUCUCCAAUUUAUUAUAUUAAUUCUUACAAGUAUCUGGUAUUCAUUGUGUCUUUUUGAAUACAAAUGGUACUUUUUGGCAUGGAAUUUGCAUAAACGCUUGGGAUAUAUUGAAAGGAAUUGGCCUUAUUUUAUUGGUUUCAGUUUUUUUUAUGCUGUGAUAACAACUUACUUGGAUUCCUACUGCCUAAAUGCAUUGAUUGCUGGUAUUCUAUUUCCUUUUUAUUUAAUCAGUGCAUAUGAAGCAGACCCUGAAGAAAGUAUCGGAGUAUUUUCUAUACCAUUCUUCCAACCAUCUGUUGUAAUUACUAAUACAUUAAUCAAGAUGCUCAAUAGGAAGAAAAAUUGAUAACCUACCUGGAAAAUAUCAAAGACUGGGGGGGGGGGGGUUGAAUCGAUGAGAUGAUAGAAUAAAUUUUAUUUUGUGAAUAAAUGAUUUUCUCUUGAUUUCAACAG